AGCGAUCCGGACAGUCGACGUGGCGGAACCAGUAACAAUAGGGACACCUGUCGUGUCACCCGGUCCGACCACUUCACUUCAGUACUUCGCACGAAUCUUCUCAGGACGAACAGGUGUCCGAGUCUCUUCGCUUCCAAGAUUCUUAAAGAUCGGCCAGAACGCGUUACCGCAGAGAAAAAGUAGCGCCAAGGAAAGCAGAUAUUUUCCCCGACGAGUCCAUGGAUUGGGCGGCGAAGAUGUGACGUUUGGAGAGAGAAAAGAGGACCGGACAACCCGAGAACAUCUAUACUUAGCAGACAACUAGAGGCGCUCGCCCGGGAAGUCCACACGGGGCCUCCACAGGAUUUCCAUCAGACCAGAUUUUGAAACUUAGUCUUAGAUUUUCGCUGGCUCUGUGGUUGGUAGAAUCGUUGUAUAUAUCUAACAGCUGUGCGGACAUCGUAUAGGCAGAGAUAAGGACCAUACUUGGACUCUCAAGUCAAGCAAGACAGGAGAAAAAGAUCUAAGAUGACGUCUUAUAUCGACCCCCCUGCGGACCUGAGUGUCUCCAGCUCCAGAUGCGCCAGUCCGGCCGUCCUGCCGGUAACCGGUUGUUACGGAAGACCAGACCCACAGAUCGUCAAUGUGCGAGUGUCGCCUCCCAAUAGUUCUACUAGUUUAGCAGAGGCCUUCAGAGAGCCGCCGCAGCCUCCUGAGAGAGAUGAGCCGAAAAAGGACCAGUCGGGUCCUGAGUACACGUGGCAGCUGAAACCGCAGGACUCAAAGAUGCAGACUCUGUAUAACUUCAACGAAGUUGCGAUACCACCAAAGAACCAGUUCUACCCAUCAGACGAGACCUCACAUGAGAAGUUGAAACUCCUGUACGGAGACAGCAAAAUCAGUCCGUGUUGUGAUAACUGUUCCUCUCCCUGCUGCUGUCCAGCUUGUUCUUGUCAGAGUUGUGUGAUCCUAUAGCCCCCUAUUUUAACAAGAAAUGUCACCACUCCUGAGGCGUCGCCAAAAAAGUUUAGUCAGCCUAACUCACACUUUGAUACUAUCGGGUAGCCUCCACCAGGCCUUUCUACGGGAAUACGGAUUGUAGAAUUCGGCAACAAAGAGAGUAAAAUUGGCCAAGGGAGUCCGGCCGCGGGGAGGUACAGUAGUUUCUUUCCCUCCGAGUACGCGGCCAGUCAAA